UGCAUCGCUGGAUGACAGAAAUCCUGCCUCCCGGCUCCACCCAGCAGCAUCUCUCCGCCACCUGGAAACAAAGCCCCUUCAAACUAAAUAAACCGUUGCAGCAGCUUUGCGAGAGCUUGAUUGUGGCGGAGCUGAUCGCAGAGGAUCAGGGCGCAACGGACAGAUGCGUUAUUGGCAGCAGCUGGCAUCUUCUCGUCGGGCUCUGAACUGGAGUGACCUGGAUAUGGAAGCGGACUAAGGGGCCGUGUCUUGCUUUAUUUUGGUUACAACACUGCGAUGGAAACAGAGGAUGCUCUCAUCGGCACCGGGACAAGCUAGCUAACUUUAAUAUCAGGCGGCUUGAACUAGAUUAUUUUAACUGCUACAGUAUAUAUAUAAAAAAUGAGAGGACACUGCUAUGAGUUGUUUGUUGGUUAAACCCGUCCAUCCCGCAGUAUGGAAAACAGAAGCUGAAAAUAAUGUUGUUAGCUAGUUAGCUAAGGUUAGCCAGCUAGCUGCUAGUUAACUAGUGGGCUGAGUUAGCCUUCCUGACUCAGCCCACUAAUAGUUUUGCUGCUUCAUGUUAGUUACUACAAUAGAGUUGCCAAGUGGCAGUUUUUUUUUCUAAGUGACACAACUUUUGCUGUCAGAGUGUAACAUUUUUAAGUGAAAACCGAAGCUAGCUAGCUAACCAGCGGUGCCGAUCCAUUUUACUGCGAUCUUUGUGGCUGUAAAAGUCUUCGUAAGAGUGUGUCAGCCAUGGCUCAGGAGGCCUUUCCCUUGCAUUUUUACGUCUGGAACAAUCAGUACAUAGAGCUGGACCGAGAGCUGCAGAAGAAAGAACAGGAUGUGGAUCGCCUGGAUCCACGGGGGCGCACCCCGCUGGAGCUGGCUGUCUGUCUGGGUCACCUGGAGUCCACCCGCGUGCUGCUCAGGUACUCUGCGGACCCGACGCACUGCAACGCGCAGGGCUGGACCAUCUUGCAGGAGGCGGUGAGCACCGGGGACCCAGAGCUGGUGCAGCUGGUGCUUCAAUACAGAGACUUUAAACGAGCUACGGAGAGACUGGCGGGCAUCCCAGAGCUGCUCAGCAAACUGAGACAGGCGCGGGACUUUUACGUGGAGAUGAAGUGGGAGUUCACCAGCUGGGUACCCUUGGUGUCUAAGGUUUGCCCCAGUGACGUCUACCGGGUUUGGAAAAGCGGCUCAUGCCUCCGUGUUGACACCACACUACUGGGCUUUGAACACAUGACUUGGCUUAAAGGACGGCGCAGCUAUAUUUUCAAGGGUGGAGAUGACGGAGCCGUGGUGAUGGAGGUGGACCACGAGAAGCAGGUGGUGUAUACCGAGCCACUUGUGCUGUCCCCUCGUGAUGCGCCGUCCCUUCUGGCAGCCAUGCAGCCGUCGCAGGAGAACACGGCCCAGAGGCUCACGUCGCCUAUCGUCUCCACACACCUCAACACACGCAACAUUUCCUUUGAGCGGAAUAAGUCGGGAAUCUGGGGCUGGCGUUCUGAGAAGACCGAGGUCGUCAGCGGUUACGAAGCCAAGGUUUACAGUGCCACCAAUGUGGAGGUGGUGACCCGCUCGAGGACGGAGCAUUUAUCAGACCAAGACAAGUCCAGAAACAAAGGCUCAAAGACUCCCCUUCAGUCCUUCCUGGGGAUUGCAGAGCAGCACACGGCUCACAACGGGGUAACGGAGCCUCUGCGGCGCACGUUCUUUCCCACACACUAUCUCAUUCAUCCUUUCACACACACUCACCGCUACCUCUGUAUGUGUGUGUGUUCCUGUCAGAGCAACGUGUCCCAGUGUGCCAGUCCUCACAACCCCACGGCCAUCACAGCCGAGGAAUACUUCAACCCGGAGUUCAACCUGAAUGGCCGGGACAUCGGACGCCCCGUCGAGCUCACAAGCAAAGUGCAGAGGUUUAAAGCCACGCUUUGGCUGAGUGAGACACACCCUCUGUCCCUGGCUGAACAGGUGACGCCCAUCAUCGACCUCAUGGCCAUCUCAAACGCUCACUUUGCUAAACUGCGGGACUUCAUCACCCUGCGGCUCCCACCAGGCUUCCCUGUGAAGAUAGAGAUUCCUCUGUUUCACGUGUUGAAUGCCAGAGUGACGUUCAGUAAUCUGUGUGGCUGCGACGAGCCGGUCAGCUCUGUGAUUGUUCACCCGCCAGAGAACUCUGGAGAACUACAGAGAACUCAGGGUCAGCUUCCCUCUGACUUCCAUUGCGAGGUGGACCCCUCGGUGUUCGAGCCCCCUCCAGAUUACACCACCCUUGGGCCGGGCCGCAGCGAGCCGCUGAGGGACGAGGACGACAACCUGCUGCAGUUCGCCAUCCAGCAGAGUCUGCUGGACGCCGGCACCGAGAGCGAUCAGGUGACCAUCUGGGAGGCGCUGACCAACAGCCGCCCGGGGCCCCAGUCUCCGCUGUAUGAGGAGGACUCUCAGCUGGAGAGGAGAACUUCUGGCAUGAGCUGUAAUUUAAGGAAAGAUACUAAAAUAGAGGCGAUCCAGGAGUCACUCUCCAUCUCUCUGGCCAGCAGAGAGGGAGAAGACACGGCCGACCCCAGCCUGCCCCCCUCCGUGUCCCCGCAGGACCCUGCCUCCAACUCGCCGCUCUCCUACAGCGCCGCCACCAACCCGAGGCUUUCCGGUCCCUUCGGCGUGGCGUCCAGCUUCGAUGAGCAGCUGCAGCUCGCCAUGGAGCUGUCGUGCAGGGAACAGGAGGAGAUUGACAGGAAGCGUAAGGAGGAAGAGGAGGAGCUGGAGAGGAUCCUGCAGCUGUCUCUCACAGAGAAGUGAUGCUGCGGCGGGACGGGUCCACACUUAAUUUAUUCCGUUUUAAUUUUUAAAUCCCAAGACAUUAAUUUAUUAUUGCAGAUAUUUUAUUUGUUUUUGUCACAUGAAGGCUGCUAACAUGCACAGACUGAAAGGAACUGAUGUAGGAAAUGCGAAAUGGGUUACUCUGAAUAAAAUACUGUACACUUUAAGUGAAGGAGAUGACAAAAAGGGAGCUUUUUUCUUUUUUUAUUGAAUAUUUUUCACAGUCUUGCUGUUUUUGAGUGAUGAAUGAUCCUUAAGCUUAUAUGAUCCACUACACUGACAAAAAAUACAGUAAAACAUAAUAGAAUAAAAAAAAAACUUCUAAGCAUUUAUGUUGGAUUACUCCUAAGUGUGGAAAAAUAAAGAUAAUCUUGGAUUAAUAUUCUGUCUUCAGCUUGCAUUAAAAUAUUUUACAUGUUUACAUAUUCAUUAUGUUAUUUUUUUUUUACAUUGGACAUUGUUACAAUAACAAUAAAGAAAAUAUUUAGCCAAAACUGAAAGUUUAUCAGCUUUUUAAACAGAAAAUCUGCCGAUGUUCACAAUAAGAUGGUUUUGGCAAAUUAUUGUCACAUGUGAAAAUGUAUUUUUUUCCUCUCUCUUUUUUGGUAGUGUCAACAGUGAGUUGUGAAACAAAAUCACAUUUUACAUAAAUGCAUUUGGCAGAAGUCACAGACAAAUGAGGAUAUAACAUAAUGCAGCUAAUAUCAAAGCUAACAGUAGUUGGCUACUGCUAGCAGGCUACUAGUAGCCAACAACGGUAAUGAUCUACAAACAAUAGGCUAGGAAAUAUGGAUUAUAUGUACUCCAUAUAUGUAUGUUUGUGUAUAUAUAUAUACAUACAGUAUAUAUAUAUAUAUAUAUAUAUAUAUGAUUCUGGAUAGUCUUGAGCUCAGUGUAGGUACUGCUAGCCGACAAUCCCUUCAUGACAUAAGAAAACCAUUCAGGAAAUACUUUUUAUGAUAAAGCUACAAACGUAUGGAGGGCUGGUGGUGCAAAACACAGUAAGUUUAAAAAUUUACAUUUCCUUAAACCCUAGAUUGAGAAAUUUUCUUUAAAAAAAGAACUUUUUUUUCUUUGCUAUUUCAGUCUUCUACAGUUAGCUUGUCAGUUUUCUAGUGCUUCUCAAACAAACAUUUUCUUCCUCUGAAUCGUGCAAAACCCUCUGAUCACAAUCAAACAUAGUCUUUCUUAGUUUGGUGUGAAGUUAAAGUUUCUAUGAAAAAACCUCAGAAGCACCAAAUUUUAGAUUAUUAUUUCUUUUUAGCAAAUAUUGUUACUCCUUCACUGGUUUUCUGACUGUGGAUUGCAGAUGUGACUUGGAGACUUCUAUAGUGUUUGACCAAAUUUCCCUAACUUGGAAAAAAAUCAAGUUACACAACUUCCUUUAUUUAAAACAAGUAGCUUGCAAAUCUUUGUCAUCAAGCGUAAAGUGACUUUCUUUGGAAAUAAAUCACCCAAACUUCUGUUUAUAUGUUUGGUUACUGUUUUUAUACUCUGGACAGUGUUGGAAAAAAUGAGUUCAAAGAUUCCCACACACUUCUGCCUCUCUGAUAAUUAACUGAGAACUCAUAUUUUUUAUUUAACUUUUGCACACAUUUAAUAUCCCCAUAGAAAAAAGGGGAUUCUGGUGGCAGAGCUCAGUAAAACAUGUACUCUUUGAGCCACAUAUUAGGCAGAAAGUUAAAGUUCAUGGCAUGGGGAUGUUGGUUGUCCACCGGACCUUUGAUUUGAAUUUUUCACCUUCUUCAUUCUGGUAUUCGAAGUCUUCGUCCGUUCCAGCUUCCACAUAGAGAUUUUCUUUUCUCAUUUGUAAAACUGCCUGAAGCUCACCAGCCACCUGAGCUGAUUAAGACAAAAAAAAAA